UAAACGUGGAUGAACGUGAAUGGCAGAACGGUAAAGCCACAACAGCAGUGUAGAGUUGAAAAAUCAGGCAAAAAGAAUGAAGGUUGGCGGAGGAGCGGUGUAUGGAGGUCCACGCGCCACCGCUGUGCCCGCACUGCUUCUCGGCCAUGGCAAAGCUACCUUUCGCUGCUAUGCUUCCAAUUCGUCCCCUGACCAUGUAUCUUUCAUAAAGGAUGUAGCUGCUAGUCAGCCUCCUGAGCAUUUGUCUCAGUUGCUGAGAAUGCUCAAGACGAGAGGUGAAUCUAUUAUGUCACCAGGAGCCAAGCAAGGGUUAAUUCCCCUUGCCAUUCCGUUAGCGAAAAACAGCUCAGGUGCUGUAACUGCACUGCUGAGAUGGCCUACAGCUCCAUCUGGAAUGGAGAUGCCAGUGGUGGAGGUCAAAAAGCAUGGAGUGUGGCUUUUGGCCAAGACUGUAGACCAAUUAAUUCAUAGAAUUCUAGCUGAAGAAGAUGCAGAUAACUCCAGAGAAAUCAAUGAUGAGCUAUUUCAUGCUUCAGGUGAUGCUGGGGAGAAACUCUAUGAAAAGGGCGACUUUGCCAAGUCACAGCUUUCAAACAUAGAUGCCUACCUCUUAAGAAAAGUUGGCUUGUUUCCAGAUGUCUUAGAGCGUAAAGUGAAGCGGCAUUUUGAGGAAGGGGACCAUGUUUCAGCUUUGGUGACUGGGGAAUUCUAUACAAAGAAGCAGCAUUUUCCAGGAUUUGCUCGACCUUUUGUAUUCAAUGCAGAGGUUUUGCUGAAAGUUGGACGUGCAAUAGAAGCUAAAGAUGCUGCUAGGGGGGCUUUAAAAUCACCAUGGUGGACACUGGGUUGCAAGUACAAGGAAGUUGCAAAUAUAGCGCAGUGGGAAGAUGAACAAAUUGAGUACUAUAAAGAGAGGGUGACUGAAGAAGGAAGGGAAGAAGAUAUCAAGAAGGGAAAGGCACCAGCUCAGGUUGCACUAGAUGAAGCAGCUUUUUUGUUGGAUCUAGCUUCUGUCGAGGGGACUUGGGAUGAGUAUGUUGAGCGAAUUGCCGGAUGUUAUAAAGAGGCUGGCUUCCACGAAAUUGCAAGAUUUGUACUAUACAGAGAUUGAGGAGAUAAAUGUAAAUUGAUUUGACAUUUGAUACAUCUACAUGGAUGCAAUUUUGAAUGUAAGUUUUGCUUCUAAAUAUGGAGACUAAAGGAAUAGACCUGUGCUCCUCUCCUAUUUGAGAGAAUCAAUUUUUUCACGAGAUGAAUAAAGAUAUAGCAAAUUCUGUUCUAAA